AUGACGAGCUCGACACAUUCGGCUGACCCUAGUGGCAGCAAAAAGGACAAGAAUGGCAAGGAGGACAAGAAGCGCGAUACCGCCCAAUCUGGGCAGGCCAGCGCGUCCAGCAUCAGCAGCAGCAACAGGAACACCAGCACCACUGGCAAUGGCAGUGGAGGCGCGGCUAGUACUAGGCAUUUUGUGUUUGGCCAGCCCAACACAGGAGAGUUUUCGUUUGGCCAGCCCAGCACAAUCAACCCUCAUGGAGGCGUGCAAGGGCCCGCGGCCGUUGCGGGAGCUUUAGCUGCUUACCAGCCCAAUACGUGGAAGACACUUCCUGAUUCUCGCUGGUCUGGGCUUUCCUCACCGGGACAAGAACAGUCCUUCAUGAACAGCGGCCCUGGUUCUGGUUUUUACCCUGGUUGGAACACCCGCGCCUGGAAUUCUGGGCAGUACCAGACUGGAAACUCCGGGCCUGGUACGGCCGACAGCAUCUUCGGGAGGGAUUUUCCUCCAAGGUCGAGGAAGCGGGACAGGGACUUCGACAGCGACAGCGAGUCGUCGUUCCGCCCCAACAAGAAGGCGGCCUUCACGACAAAUAUCUCUGACGUCAAGGAAUACACGCGAGACCCGGACGUCAAGAUGAGGGACAUCAAGCUCCACUCGCAGCCCGAGGCCAAAAAUUACAUCGUGCAGACCAAUAACAGGAACGUCACGCUUGCGAGGCUCGGGGGCAAGAAGAAGGAAAAGACGCUGCUGCAGCAGCUCAAUUACCACAAGUCCAUCGGCGGCCCCAACGCUGAGAUCGUGUCUUUGAUGAAGAACAUGCCCCCCCCUGGAGCACGGGGCAGGUCAUUGCCUUCUCUGAGCACGGUGCGAGGUCUUGCCUCCUCGGAGUCGAGCCAGGGCAUGAGCAUCUGCUCAAGUUCCAGCAGGUCUCGGCCGAGCAAGCCAACUCGCGGUACUGAGAUUGAUGCUCAGUAUGCGGGCGCCGAGGAGCCAAAGGGCAAGUUCUGUCCCAACUGUAAGGGAUCAGACCAUCAUGUCAAUGUCUGCGUGGGGCCACCCAACAGCAUUCACGGGGACAUCCCUGCCUGCACCCGCUGUCUCACCUUGGACAACCCUGACAAGCCGGACUGGCACCAGCUCGAUGGGUGUCCUCUGGUUGUCACCAUCCUCGCAGACCUUGGCGUAGAUGGGAGGUCGAGGCUUUCAAGGGAAUUGGUCGGUCGCCUCGGAGACAAUGACAUCGCGUGGCUCAUGGAGACCAUGGUCACCGAGAGACUCCGGAAGCCGCCAUUGCGCUCCAGGUGUUUUGACUGGAUUGACAUCCUCAUGGAGUUCUCGAGUCGCUUCUACGAGGGUGCAGCGCCUCCGCAAUUGCAGGGCAAGCUCCCGUGGACGAAGCAGUUCGCUCUGCACGUACUUCAGACCUGGGACCCUGCACCUAGCGACAAAGGCGUGGGUGCUUCGGUCGCCCAGGAAGGCCAGGCGGAGAAGAAGCCACUCCCGUGGCGAACCUACAACUACAGGCUGGCAGACAUCAACACCCUCCCGAGUGGCUUUGCUGAUGACGAGUCUAACUUCAGCGGCCUCAGGAUAGAAUGGGAAAAUGGACGCACGGCAUCGCAGGUGUUCAAGGCCAGCGACCGGCCAUCCGAGCCUAAAGCCCAGAAGGUUGCCGCCAGCCAAGCGCAAGUUGUGCAGAACGCGGAUCGAGAACGCAUCGCACAAUUGGAGCGGUCAAUUUCCAGGAUGGCGGAGUUAAUGGAUAAUCAACAGAAGCUGUUGGAAUCCGUCAUUCCCUCCCAGCCCAAGCCUGUGCCCGAACCUGUCGAAAAUCUCACACAUGCUGUGAAUGCUUGGAAACUCGACACCCAGGCUUUCGAGCAGGAAGUUAGUAACAUGCCUGCUACAGGGACGGACAGCCUCGGCGGGCUGGGCGAUGGAGCUCCAGUUGAACAAGCAUCGCUGGGCGUUCCUCUUCCCGAUAAGCCUGGCGCCACAGGUGCAGGACCAGAAAAUGUUGAUGGUUCUGCGAGUGGCACUGGCCAGGAGGAUGCGGCCAUGAAGGACGCUGAUAAAUAG